AUGCUUUUUCAUCUCAUUGAGUUCUUAUCUCCCACACAGAAAAAGCUGGAGCGUCCUUCUCACCGCUUGCUGUUUUUCUCCCAUGCUAGCUUUUGCACUCCGUGCCUGCAGGAAUGUCUCAAGCCGAAAAAGCCUGUUUGCGGCGUCUGCCGCAGUACCCUGUCUCCUGGUAGCAGAGCUCUGGACCUGGAGAAGCAAAUUGAAAUGACGGAAACCACUUGCAAUGGCUGCAAUAAAAAGAUGUAUCUCUCAAAGAUGCGUAGCCAUGCAGCUUCUUGUUCAAAGUACCAGAAUUAUAUAAUGGAAGGUGUAAAAGCUGUAACUAAAGAACCCCUUAACAACACCAGGAACUUUCCAAAUCGCUUUACCUUUCCUUGUCCGUACUGUAGUGAGAAAAACUUUGAUCAAGAAGGACUAGUUGAACACUGCAAAACACUGCACAGCCUGGAUGCAAAACAAGUGGUCUGCCCAAUUUGUGCCUCAAUGCCAUGGGGAGAUCCAAAUUACAGGAGUGCUAACUUCAUGGAGCACCUUCAGAGGCGUCAUCGCUUUUCAUACGAUACUUUCGUGGAUUAUGAUGCUGAUGAAGAUGAUAUGAUGGCACAGGUUUUGAUCCGUUCUUUGCGUGAUAAAUGAAACAAGUAGAAGAUUAACUGUAAAACCAAGCUUCCACGAGGGGAGAAGUGCCCAGCAUCAUUGCAUUUCUCCCUUUACAUCCCAAGAUGAACUCAGGCAUCCAGAAAUAUGGAAGAUUCUUUAUCUAUCUCUUGAUUUCAAAUCCUGAUUUGGUCUUUCUGUAUCAUUUGGUCUCUUGUUAGCGUGUUCUAUGCUGUUAAACCAUGUCAGCCUAGUUUUCUUACUAGCUUCACACAAAGCUUAAUGAUAGGUCAACAUGAAGGAGACAAGUUUGUUUUCUCUUUCCUAUGCUUGUUUUUCUGCAGUUGUGUUCAUUUGACUCUCUUUAAAAGCAAAAACAUUCCAGAAGGAAUGGCCUGAGUUAGUAGGUAGAUAACUCUCCCCAAUCUCUCAUUCACAUUUCUUGAAUGAUAGUUUCAGAGAUGUAUUCACAGCUCUGUUUUCAUUCAGUAAGAAUGCUAGGUGUUAACUGUAAUUGCCAGAUCAGUUCCCAUUUAAAGUGGCCUAUGAUUACUGUGACUUCGUAAUGUUUACCAGUGUUUGAAUUCAUAUAGUCAGCCUCUCAACUGUAUGGAAAAGAUAUCUUUAGUACAGAUCUUCAAACUGCAAUCUUCUCUAGCAAAUCUGUGCAACUGUGUAAGAAACUAGUUCAAAAUACUUUAGUUCCAUGCCUGUUAUUUUCUUCCAUACUCUGACAAAAAUGGUUUGUAACCUGGAAAAUAAACUUUUAUUAGUCUUAGUUUAAAAAAAGAUGCAUUUUAAGUAUUAUAUCAAACAGUAAUCAUGUUUGUUGGCUUUAUGAUUAAUUUAAUGACUUUGGCACUAGUUUUCUAGCGUUUUAAUUUUAAGCCUUAUGUUGACAGAAGGAGUCAAAAGUUUUUUUUUUUAAAUACUGCUGCUUCCUAUUUAAUCUAAAAUUUUCACUUAUAUAUUUAGUUUUUCCAUCCCUCAGGGCAAGCUGGUUUAAAAAAAAAAAAGAAAGAAAAAAAUACUUUUAAUCCCUGGUGCUCGUGCAGCACUACCUUUCUGCCUUUCAGAUUUUAGCAAGUGUUUUGAAUUCCUGUCACUAAAGUAGCUGAAGCUGUACUUAGAUUAUAUUUUCCAUAUAAUGUAUGUAUAAUAUAGAGGUAUAGCUUUCAAAGAAAAAAAUAAAAUAGAAACCAGAAAGCAGGAUGAUUGUUCCAAUACAUGGUAAAUGGAUACAUUCCGUUAUACGCUUUUACUAUAGAGCUUCCUUUUCUUAGUUUAGCACUUCGUUAAUUAAACAAUCAAGAUACUGAGAGCUAGUCAGCCGAGGCACCUGAUGAGAAUGUGUAAAUCAGUGUAGUAUUGAGAUGUCCCGUCUAAUUUAACUUGGAUGCUUAAUUAGAGCAGUGGACCUGCACAAUCACAGAGCUCGCUAACUAAUGUGGCCAACAAACGUAACUUUGCACUCUGCAGAUGGCAGCAUAGCCUUACCCUAAAACAGUAAGUAAUGUAAUAUAAUCCAGCUCAAACCUCUUGAUUAAACUUUGUGUCCAGCCAGACCUCUUAAUAUAUUUAAUUUGAAUUUGUUUUUAGUACAUUUUCACAAACUUGAUACGGACUAGUAUAGACUCAUGCUUAAGUAUAUGCUUGGUGACUGGAAGCUCAGUCUUAGGAAAAAAGUCUCAUAGUACUGUGGAGAAAGUACUGUAUUUUGGGUUUGGUUAUUUUUAAAUGCUUAAUCUGCAAAGAGAUUGCAGUGUAUUAGUGGCUGCGUGGGGACUUCUAGGUUCUAGCUAGAACCAAGUUUUGUGGUACUGAUUGACCUGAAUCUAGAUUUCUGCUACUAUUCUAAGUGCACUUCCAUGAAAUUCUGAUAAAAUGUUUCAGGAGCAGUUAGAAGCUUCCGAGCAACUACUUUGUCAUGUUUUUGACUUUUGAAGACAAGUUAUAAAUAAAGUUCAUAUAAUUUAUAAAAUGCUA